CCAUCCCUGCCGGACUUCCAGCGCCUCUGCGCCCAAACCACCGACGGCGCCCUCUACCCGCACGCGACGACCAUCACCAAAAACAUCCCCAUCUACAGCACGCGCACCAUCAGCCUGACUGAUCCCGACGACCUCACCACCGUCCAGAACGAAUGGUACCACAUCCUCUCCGAAGGCCCCGGGAUUUUCGUCCUCCAACACUUCUACGACGUGGAAGACGACGACCACCACCACCCGACCCUAACCGCCACCACCGCCGCCUUCAACCGCAUCAUCGCCCACGAAGCCGCCGCCGCCGCCACCACCACCUCGGCCAAAAAAGGCGACCACUUCUCCUCCGGCCACAACGCCCGCAUCUGGAACAGCUUCAGCAAGCACGCCUUCGCCGACCCCUCCUCCUUCGUCGCCUACUAUUCCAACCCGUGGCUCCGCGCCGUCAGCGAGACCUGGCUCGGCCCGGGCUACCGCCUCACCGCACAGGUCAACAUCGUCCGGCCCGGCGGCCAGGCCCAGUCCCCGCACCGUGACUACCACCUCGGCUUCCAGGACGACGGCAACUGCGCCCGGUUUCCGCGGGGCAUGCACGCCGCCAGCGCGUUCCUGACGCUGCAGGGCGCCGUCGCCCACUCCGAUAUGCCAGAGCGCAGCGGGCCGACGCGGUUCCUGCCGUUCAGCCAGCGCUUCGAGGCCGGGUUUCUGGCCUGGAGGCGCCCCGACUUCCGCGAGUUUUUUGAGCGCGAGUAUGUGGCGCUCCCGCUGAUGGAGGGGGAUGCCGUGUUCUUCAAUCCGGCGGUGAUGCAUGCGGCCGGCGAGAAUCGUUUGGGACCGGAGAGUGGGUUUGAGAGGAGGGCGAAUCUUUUGCAGAUUGGCUCGGCGUUGGGGAAGACGAUGGAGCGCGUGGAUGUUGUGCCGGUGGUGGAGGCGGUGUGGGGGGAGGUUCGGAGGCGGUUUGAUGGUCAUGGUCAUGGUGAGGCUGACGCCGGGAACGAGGAGGAGGAGCUGGAUGCGAAUUGGGAGGCGUUUGUCCGGGCGCUCGGCGAGGGGUAUCCGUUCCCCACGAACCUGGAUCGUAGGCCGCCGGCGCCGAAUGGCAUGGCGCCGGAGAGUGAGCAGGACUUGAUUCGGAGGGGUUUGUUGGAGGGCUGGGGGACGGAGGAGAUGGUCGCUCGGUUGCGCCAGUUGCAUGAGGAC